AUGACAUCUAGCACGAGUUUUCCUCUAUCACCCGAUCUAUUGUAUGGUCAACUUUACUUCGAUAUUCAACUGGUCCAUGUGUUUUCCGACACAAAAACUGUCGUGGAUUACGUUCCAGACGUUUCACCAUCGGAAAUAGUUGUUCUCUACGAACAUGACAAAAUCUUAUCAGAUUUUAAUUUCGUCGCAGUCGUUAAUAAACAUUUUCAUCUUCCAUCGUUUCCUGCUUUGGCUUACACAAGUUAUUCAAUUAUUGCUCUGAAAGAUCACGUAAAUAAUCUAUGGGAUUUUCUUUCUCGACCAACCGAUACGCCAACUGAAGACAGUUCAAAAAUACCUCUUCCAUUCCCAUAUAUUGUACCUGGUGGUAGAUUUCAAGAAAUUUUCUAUUGGGACUCAUACUUUACCAUGCUAGGUUUAAUUCUUACAUCCGAGCGAUUGUAUAUAAUGAGAGGAAUGAUUGAUAAUUUCAUCUGUAUGAUCGAUGGAUUUUGUUUUAUACCAAAUGGAAGUAGUACCUAUUUUUUAAGCCGAUCACAACUGCCAUUUUUUACCGAGAUGAUUUAG